AAAAAAAAAAAAAAAUCCGGAGGCGCCUAUUGUUUCUUCAUUUUUUUCUUACUUUUAUUAACAUUUUUUUGACUGGCUCUUAUGGGAAUUAAGCACUCGUCCCGCUGCAUGCUCCUUAGGAGAAAAAUGGCGGAGUCUGAGAGCAGUGAGCAACCACAGCCACAGCCCCAGCCCCAGCCCCAGCCCCAGCCAAUCCGCAUAAUUCCAUCCCAGUCGGCACAGCCCACUGCUUUGCCCAAGCCUGUGCCUUCCAUCCAGCAUGCUCCGCGGCCUCCGCUCCCUCCACACACGCCUCAUGCCGCCAACCUCCCCAGCUGUCCUGGACGGGGAAAGAUGGCCAAGUUCCUCAACCCGGAGGAGAUGACUUCACGAGACUACUACUUCGACUCUUAUGCCCAUUUUGGUAUUCAUGAGGAGAUGCUGAAGGACGAGGUGCGCACACUCACCUACAGGAACUCCAUGUACCACAACAAGCAUGUCUUCAAGGACAAAAUAGUGCUGGAUGUUGGCAGCGGGACUGGGAUCCUGUCCAUGUUUGCGGCAAAAGCAGGGGCGAAGCAUGUGUAUGGGAUUGAAUGUUCCAGCAUAUCAGAGUACUCAGAGAGGAUCAUCAAGUCCAACCACCUCGACAGUGUAAUCACCAUCUUUAAAGGGAAGGUGGAGGAGGUGGAACUUCCGGUUGAGAAGGUCGACAUCAUCAUAUCAGAGUGGAUGGGCUACUGCCUGUUUUACGAAUCCAUGCUCAACACUGUCAUCUUCGCACGGGACAAGUGGCUGAAGCCUGGGGGAUUAAUGUUUCCCGAUCGUGCCUCUCUGUAUGUGGUGGCCAUAGAGGACAGACAGUAUAAAGACUUCAAAAUACAUUGGUGGGAAAAUGUAUACGGCUUUGACAUGACCUGUAUCCGUAAUGUGGCCAUGAAGGAACCACUGGUGGAUGUUGUGGACUCCAAACAAGUGGUAACUAAUGCCUGUUUGAUUAAGGAGGUAGACAUCUACACGGUAAAGACUGAAGACCUGUCCUUCACAUCAGCAUUCUGCCUACAGAUCCAGAGAAAUGAUUACAUUCAUGCACUGGUCACAUACUUUAACAUUGAGUUUACAAAGUGUCACAAGAAGACUGGUUUUUCCACUGCUCCUGAUGCUCCGUACACCCACUGGAAGCAGACUGUGUUUUACCUGGAGGAUUAUUUGACUGUGAGGAGAGGAGAGGAGAUCGUCGGCAGCAUCGCCAUGAAGCCCAAUGAGAAAAACAUUCGUGAUUUAGACUUCACCUUCGAGCUGGAUUUCAAAGGACAGCUGUGUGAAGCGGCCAUAUCUCACGACUACAAGAUGCGUUAAGUUUGAAGGCGGACCGAGUUUCCCUCCGUCCAACCGGUGACAGGCUCAGAGCGUCAGAGGGAGACGUGGACACACUCCCAAGACCACAGACACAAUGUGCAAUGGAAAAGGGGCAAAUAAUAGGCCAAAGACUAGACUAGACUAGACUAGACAGAUAAACAAGUAGAUGAUAGUGAUGACAGAUACGACAGUGGAGCAGGAAGGAAAGAGGAGGAGGAGGAGGAGGAGCCCACUGAUGCUGACUGUUAAAACUAUUCUGAAUGUAACACUGACUAAACAGGUCAGACACAUUUUCUAGUCUUGAUGAAUGUUGUUGGGUAUUAUUGUAUGUACAUGUGAGAU